AUGCAUGCAGCGUCGUGGGUCGCGGACAGCGACGACGACGACGGCAGCGAGGAGCUGGAGUUCGCCUCCGGGGUCAUCCUCGUCGAGGUACGCGCGCGUGCUCGACGCGUUUAUUUCCGUUCUGUGACUUCCGGUUUGACGCGCUCACAUUCGCCCCGUGUUCAGGACUGUAAGGUAGGCGACUGGGUGGAAGUGAACAGCGGUCUCGCGGAGCCGUGGCGCGGACAGGUGAGAUCGACGCGACGCCUCAACUUACACAAGAUGGGUUUGGUUUCCAGGAGCACCGAUCCGACCGCGCGCGCGUUCUGA